UGAUCUUCAUUUCACCUCCUAAAAUGUGAAAACUGUUUGAUGUCUGGCUAUAAAUGAUAAAACCACAAAAGAGUGGUGGAUGACGUCUGGGGAGAUGACUGUACUGGGUAAGAUAAGAUUGUCCAGCAAGAGGGACCAUUGACAAAUUCCUGUGACUUGAAUGAUUCUUUAUUCAUAUAGGGCGACAUAUAGGGCCCUCUGUUCCCCUCAGAAGGGAGUCACCAACUACUACCACUCUUCUUUUUCUUUUUCUUCUUACAGCUGCAGUUGUAACCCUUUUUGUAGAUGAGGUCCAUCCAGGGGGCUCUCCAGGUGGAUCUUCUUGGCUGUCCUCUGCCUGAUUUUCAGGGUCCAGGGCCUCAUAUCUAUUUGUUAAGGGCACCAAGGGUGGUGAUGGGGUUCAAGAGAGGGUUCUUUUACCUCUCCGAUCAGGGACCUAUUUCCAUAUCCCCCCAUCAAUUAGAUCUGCUCUAUCUGCCUUAUGGCAGGAGGGACAAGGCUUUGCCAUCUCCUGUUGCACACCCUUAGGAGUCAAAAGAGUUUGACCCCACCAGUCAAUUUCUUCUUCACUCUUCCUAAUGCUCCUUAGUCUCUCCACCUCUUCCUUAAGCUCUGCCACUAGGCACAGUAAGUCAUUGACCUGGUUACAUCGUACACAGGUGCCUCCCAUACCAUUCUCUGGUACUAAAGCCAGGCACAGACACUCUGCGCAGCCAGAAGCCUGGGUGGCUGCAUCCUUCUUGGCAGGUAGUGUCUGUGUAGACACACUCUUUGUAUUAACGGCAGCAACAGCUUUCCUUUUUCUAGAAACCAUUACUACCCUUAGUUACAUUGGGGACAAGAAAACAAAAUGAAACCCCGGACACACUUCUUUCUUUCUACCUGCUCUGCAGCUUCUUUUCAGUCCAUAUUAACAAUCGAGAUGAAGAAGCAGCAGAGGUUCUUGAAUGAGGAUGGGGAUGGCGAUGGGAGGAAACCAAAUGCCCUCCCUCCCCUGGAUGACUGGGCCAGUGAGGCUGAUGUGCAAGACUUCAGCACUGGGCAAGGAGGUGACCACCCCCACCUUUCUCACCAAGCCUUGACCCAGGACCCCCAAGAGAGGGAGGCAAGCAGUGCUGACUCGGGUACCAUGCAGAUCAAAGACAAGCUGAAGACGAAGAUGAUGUCUGAGGGUCUGUCAGCCUCAUACAGAGGCCUGACUGACUGCGAUGACCCCACGGGGGUUACCCUGAAGUCAGUAGAUUCUGGAUCAGCUUCCCAGAAGCUCCGGGUAACCUCCAAGACCAUGUCUGCCACCCAGAACAGACCUGUUUCCUCAGAGGCCAGCAUGUUAAGUGAUGGAGAGCAGGCGCAUGGGGAAAAUGACACAGACUAUGAUGCCAGUGAUGAGGAUAACAUGGAGCUGAUGUCAGAGAGCAAAGGAUAUAAAAUAAGGAAACCAAGCCAAGCAUGUGUAGUGGAUCUUCAGUUUAUUUCCAGUAGGCAGAGCUCUGAGAUCUUUUUCUGCAGUGUGAGCCCAGGGAAGCAGCUGAGCCAAGGAAGUGCUCAGCUGGACAUUGUGCUUCAGGCUGUUUCUGCAACAUGCAUCCUGCAGACUUGACGUCCUCAGUCUGUAUCAAUAGGAGAAUAGUUUCUGUGCUCUCUAGUGGCUCCUGCUGUGUUUUCUGACUGAGAACACACCAACGAGUCAGAGCAACUAAAUGUGUCUCACCCGGUCGAGCAUGUCCUUCUACAGUUAGUAAAAUCCAUGUUUCUGUGUA